UUAUCAAACAUAAUAACAAAUUGUUACAAAAGAGAUGAAUAUGCCUGAGGAAGAAUGUGUGGAAAAAAUGUUUGUAUUUAAAUUUCCAACAUGCACAACAAAUCAGGAAUAUACAUUAGAAGUACCAUUAAAAAUACCUUAUCGAGGUUCUAUCAAAGAGCUCAUGUACCGUUUGAUGUCAUCCUUUAAAUUACCAUGUUAUGUGGAAUCAAAUUUAUUGGAAUCUUUGGAGCAUACUAUUAAAAAACUAACAUUAGAAUUUCAUGAUGAAAAAGCAGAAAAGGUUCUUGAAAAUGCAAAAUCAGGAAGCUUAGAUAUCGAAGAGAUAAUAAAAAAUUGGGAAAAAAUUUACAAACAACAAACAGCAGAAUAUGCUGAUCCAAUUGGAACAACCGACGAAGAACUGUUUGCUGCUGCAUACCAUAGAUUGGUACACUCUCCUUCGCUAGAACCCAUUCUACAAGCAGAACAUAAAUUUGGAAGAGAUGUUACGGAAGUCAUUCAAAUGAGAGACACACACUAUGAUCAACUCACACAGAAGCAAACCGACGAAAUGCGCGUCGCAGUUGAAACCCUCGAGGUUGGUUCUACCGAAAAAUCUAUAAACGAGAUGGCGGGACGACAUUUCGAGGAACAAAGUUUACUGCAAGGUCACUGGGGAUCUAGGGUCGAUGCCUUGAAAUUAGAACAAAGACGGCAGUAUCGUAAUUGGAUCAUGAGAUUAUUGGAGGAACAACAAACAAACAUGCUACCAACUCCAGUGGGUUCUCCAAUGGUGUCCAUGCCUCCAAUUCGACCCGCAUUAGACAAUUUUGUUCAUAGCGAGGACAAACAUACGGCGGACUAUCCUAUUUUGGAGGAAAGUUUCACCAUACACUUAGGCUCCCAGAUGAAGCAAAUGCACAAUAUACGAAUACUGACUGGGGAUGUAUUAGAUUUUUGUAGAACAAAGAAAAGCGAAUCAGGAAUGGACCCGACACCGCAAAGGCUGCAGACUGCUUUAGGGUUGUACUCUAACGAUUUGUGCGGAUUAGUACUGUUGAGCGACAAUCAUUUGGGAACCUAUUCUGGCAUAACGAAGGAAUUAUGUUCGAUAUGUCAAUUAACGACUGAGUUCCAUUUCCCGCCAAUCGACGAGCAAUUGGAAAAGAUUCGGGACGACGUAAAAGAUGCUGUUGCCUGGAGGCAAGCGCAUCAUAAAGAAGGAAUCGAGUCACACACAAAGAAGUCAACGACUAGCAAGAGCUUACAAACGGGUGACGUUUACAUCACCAGGCAUUCAAAUCUAGCACAAGUUCAUGUAAUUUUUCACAUGGUAGUGAACGACUCUUUGAGAUCUGGCGACAUCAAUUCGAGGCACCCAGUUAUUUUGGGCUUAAGAAAUAUUUUGAAAACCGCCUGCUGCAACGAUGUGACCACACUGACGAUUCCUGUACUUCUCGUACACGAAAUGUCAGAGGACAUGACCGUGGCAUGGUGCACGAAAAGAGCAGAACUGGUUUUCAAAUGCGUGAAAGGGUUCAUGAUAGAGAUGGCGUCGUGGGGCGGCGCCGAAUUGAAGAAUCUACAAUUUCUUGUACCAAAGGGAAUGUCCGAGGAAGUGUUCGGUACUCUAGCCACGAUGUUGCCAAGCAUAUUUCGAGUAUCGAAUCCGUUAGUAUUCAAAGCAACGAGUACACCUCAAACUCCAAAAAAAUGAACGACCGUCUUGCCACUGUUAUCGUGCUCGCAUUAAAAAUACUGAAAUAUUAGGUUGGGGGAAAAAGAAAUUCAUUAUUUUUCACGUUUAUUUCGAGGCUAUUUUACAUGGUUCGGAUUGUGCGAUUUGGGUCAAAUAUAAAUUGGGACCAUAAAAAUAUUCGCCUUUAUCAAAGGAAAAUUGUAAAAUAUACCGAAUUUUCUCUUUCUUAACUUCCAUCUUUUACACCCUGUAACUCACAACUGAAUCGAUCAACCAAAAAACUGUAAAAGAAUUUUUUUUAAUACGGAAUAUCAUUUUUCCAACAAACACAAUAUAUCA